AUGUGUAAUGCAAUUAAACACAAUUAUGUUAUAGCUCUUGUCCCUUGUACCAAAUGUAUUAUUAAUUUAAAAUCAAACAAUAGUAAUGAAGUGUUAUCAACUAAUGAAAAUAAACAUCAAAAGACAAUAAACAAACUAUCUAAUAAGCGUGGUUAUAAAUCUCAUGUUCCCAGUGCAUGCAUUAAUUGCAAAAUAGCUCAUUUAGCAUGCGACGUCUCUCGACCAUGUAAACGUUGUGUUUCAUUAAAAAAAACAGAUACAUGUCAAGAUAUACAACAUAAGAAAAGAGGAAGACCUACAAAACGUCAAGAAGCUAUUAAUAAAAAAAGCAAUGAUUCAAUUUUAAUAAAUGGUCCUUCUGCUUCUUAUGAAAUUCUCCAUGAUGCAAUCCGAACAUCUACCGUUUCAAAUAAUAACAACAACAAACAAUGCUCAACUUCUGUUAUUUCCUUUGCAAAUGAGUCCAUUGAAUCUUUUAAACAGUCUACAACAACACAACAAUUAAAUCUCAACACCACUUCAUCUUUUCUGUUACCAACAAAUACAAUAGAAUCAUUAUCUAAUACAACUUUUCAACAGUCACAAUCAUCUCUAGUUUUCAACAAUCUAACUACAACUAAUAAUUAUCAUGAUACAAUAAUACCUUAUUUAACCAUCAUAUUAUCUAUGGAAGUUUGCUGUGCAAAAGUUCCAGAUGAUACAAUUCAGUACUGGGGAUACUAUCCUCAAGAGCUUGCACAUCGUUCAUUGUAUGACUUUAUUUCGCCUAAAGAUAAUGAUCGACUUGCACAGUUACAUCGACUUGUAAUAGAAAAUGUUGUAAAUGAUAAUCAAUUGGCAUUAUUACCAACAGAAGGAAGUACGUCUGAUUUAUUUCGUCACUUUGAUUUAUCUACUUUAUGUAUCAAAGCAAAAGGAGCACGAUCAUUUGCAGAUACAAUUCAUAUAAAGAAACGAUCUGGUGAAUUUGAACUUUAUAAAGUAGUUGUUUAUAUUGGAGGAGGACUAGGUGCAGAUCUUUAUGAUCCUUCUACAUUUUCAAAGCUUUAUAUUGUAUCUCAAUUCAAGAAACAUAAUUAUGAAGUAAUAGAUGAAGAGCCUUGUUUUUAUAUGCAAUCUCAACAGCAGCAGCAACAGCAACAGCCUACUACUAUUGAUUUAUUACUUGAUAAUUCCUUUCUUAUAAAUCAAGAUACUCCUCAUCAUACUGCAAAUCAUCUUUUUGAUGAAUUCUUAUUUACUUCUAAACAACAAGAAGAAGACUCUGUUCAUUCUUCUUUACUGCCUAAAAUUCAUAUCGCUCCAACUACAAAAUCAACAAAACAAAAUCGUCUUUUAUUUCAGCAUUUCUUUCCUUCAAAUCAAUAUAAAAGAAAACUUUCUAUUACUUCUAGUUUAUCUUCACCCAUCAAUGUCACUCAUCCAACACAACAAUAUUUCUUACAAACAUCAAGCAGUGCAUUGAAUGCAGCAGCCUCUGCAGCUGUUCAGCAAAGUAGAUUUAGACAACAGUCACAACAAUCGAAUAGUAGUAUGUUGACACAAAUAGCAAGAGAAAAUACGAAAAGAAUGGAAGAAAUGAGCAUUCGUUCUUUAUUAUGUUAA